ACGUGAGCGGGGAGGAGGUGGCCAUUGACCAACUGGAGGACUACCUACAGGCCCACAGCCACGGCCUGAGGGGACGAGACCACGAGCCGCGGCGAUACCGACCCACUACGGCUGUGGACGAGAAGAUCCACUUCGCUGUCACCCCGCGAGACCCACGCUACUACCUCCCCAUCUCUCCUCCCAACGUCGAGGGCCCCAUUGAGGAAGAUCUCCUCCGCUUGCUGCCCCCAGACCUCAGCCUCCAGCCCCAGCAGGAGUUUCCUGGCGAGGGCCUUCAGUAUCAGGAUGACGACACUCAGUACCAACCGGACUAUCCACCCCGGUACCAACCCCGAUUCCCGGAGGUGGAGCGCUAUCCUGCCCAAGUCCUGCCCCUCCCUGGUAUGGCAUAUCCUGGCAGAGGAAUCUUCUCUGGGCGGCGAGAGGACGUCCUGCAGGACCCGAGGGAUAGUGAAGGUGUAGGGCACGAGGAAGUGACGAAUAAUGAGAGGGAGGAGAGUAAACGAAUGAUGAUGGAAGAGAUAGAGGAUAAGAUAGAAAAUGAGAAAUUUAAGAAUUUGCUUAACGAAGAAAACGACAAGGUUGAAGAUAAAGUGGCCACCUCGCAGCCGGAGUCUGUGAAUUAUAUGCACCUACACCGCACGCCCUCCGAGGCCAGGGAGGCCAGCUACGCCAUUCAAGACGCCCGACACCAACCGCAUCUCAGCGACGUAUACUUCACAGCUCUGGUGGCUGGGUGUACGGCCGUAGCUGUGUGUGGCGUGAUUGGUGCCGGCAUCUGUUGGUACAG